AUGGCUUGCAAAAGUAAAAAGUCCGCAGUGUUCAAAUAUUUCAAAGAGAGUAGAGAUAAAAAUGCACUAAUCUGCCAAGUAUUAAAGAAAGAUGGGGCCGUUUGCAAUCUCAGGUUCAUCAAUAAAACUUCAAAUUUGAAGCGGCAUUUGGAAAGACAUCAUUUUGAUGCCUUCGAGUCUGUCAAAAAAGAAGACAGUGAAGACACAAAGAGAGACAGCGAUAUAAGUAGACAAACCUCUGUCUCAAGCUAUUUCACAAGUCAAAAAGUGACCAUUUCCAUGACUAAAGAAAAGUUUCAGAGACAUAUCAUACAGCUGGUGGUGAAUAAUGCAGCUGCACUUCAACUGUUCUCUUCGAAAGCAUUCCUCGGAUUAAAUGGAGAAAUGGCCAACAAAUUGGGAGUAUCACUGGAGAGACAUGAUAUAAGAGAUAUGGUGGUGAAGGAAGCCGAGUGUCAGAAAAGAGUGUUAAAGGAUAUAUUACAUGGGAAAUUUUGUUUUUUGAAAAUGGACGCUUGUACUAGACAGAGAACUAAUUAUUUCGCUAUAAAUGUUCAAUUUGUGGAUUAUAAAAAUGAAAUAGCCAUCCGUACAUUAUCAGUACGGGAUACACAAGCUCAACACACAAGUGAAUUUAUUCAAAAAUUUGUUGAGGAAGUUCUGAGAGAGUUUGAAAUUAGAAAAGAACAUAUAUUAGCGAUUGUGACAGAUAAUGCCUCUAACAUGACAAAAACAAUAGAGAAACUUAAUGCAGAUAUGAUUGGGGACGAGGUUUGA